GCUGGCUGGCUGGCUGGCUGGCUGGCUGGCUGGAGGGGACGUCGAUGGUAUGGUCGAUGGAUGCUGGUAUUGUGUUGCUUGUGGUCCCCUUUAGAGUGGCUCUGUCAGUCGAUAACCUUAAUGGGGGUUUGUCUAAUCAGGCAGGACCUUGCUCUCCUCGGAUUUGGAAUGAGGAAAAACGUGGCUGCGGAUAGCCUGCUAGCUCCAGUCUCUCGCUGUCCGCCACAGCCCGCAGCGUCUACGGAGUAUUAUUACAGCAGCAUCGGCCCUGGCUGUCUGGCUACCACUAUUAGGAGAACCUCCCUUUUGCCUGCAAGGCGGGGAAACAAUCGUUCACGGCUCUUGUCAACACGGGAGAAGCUUAAUUCCUCAAGACCUCGUUGACUCCCGGCGCCGGUUAUUUCGCCCAG